GACGGCGGCCGGGAUGCACCUGGAACAGAUUUAGAAGCCAUUGCCGUGGAUGGAGAGACGAAGAUGUGAGCGGCCAUUGAUGGCAGCCAGGGUGCCGAUGAGCCCCCCCCCCCCCCAUUUGCUCAGUGUGCGGGCUGAGCUUCGAUGGAGGACCACAUGACGGGGCCCAACAAGCAGAAGCGUUAUGAGUGCGAUAUAUGUGGCAAGGCCUGUCUGCACCCGAGCCACCUGGAGAUCCACCUGCGGGUGCACACGGGAGAACGCCCCUUCGACUGCUCGGAGUGCGGCAAGAACUUUAAGGUAGCGCAGGACCUGAAGAACCACCGGCGGGUGCACACGGGCGAGAAGCCCUAUGGCUGCUCCACCUGCGGCAAGAGCUUUGCCCAGUUGUCGGGGCUGCAGAAGCACCGGCGGGUGCACAGCAGUGAGCGGCCCUUCACCUGCUCCGACUGCGGCAAAGGCUACAAGUCGUCACAUGAACUGAAGGUGCAUAGGCGCCUGCACACUGGGGAGCGGCCCUACAUCUGCAGCGACUGUGGUAAGGGCUUCAUCCGCUCCAACAGCCUGCUGGAGCACCAGCGCACCCAUAGCGGCAAGCGCCCCUUCCCCUGUGCCCAGUGCGGCAAGGGCUUUACCUGUUCCACCAAGUUGCUGUUCCACCAGCAGGUGCACACCGGUGACCGUCCCUUCCCCAGGCCCUUCCGCUGCUCCGACUGCGGCAAGGACUUCCAGAGGGCACAACAGCUGAAGUUCCACCGGCGAGUGCAUACGGGCGAGAAGCCCUAUGGCUGCUCCACCUGUGGCAAGAGCUUUGCCCGGUUGUCGGGGCUGCAGAAGCACCGGCAGGUGCACAGCAGUGAGCGGCCCUUCACCUGCUCCGACUGCGGCAAAAGCUUCAAGUCGUUGUCGGACAUGAAGGUGCACAGGCGCCUGCACACCGGGGAGCGGCCCUACACCUGCAACGACUGCGGCAAGGGCUUCACCCGCUCCGACAACCUGCUGGAGCACCAGCGCACCCACACCGGCGAGCGCCCCUUCACCUGCGCCCAGUGCGACAAGGGCUUCACCCGCUCCGUCAACCUGCUGUCCCACCAGCGGGUGCACCCCCGAAAGAGUUAAUCGCUAUUAACUAGGGUACCUAGGAUACUUGAUCAUUUCUGUAUUCUUGCUUAAAGCUUAUGUACCUUUAAAACUACUGAUAGAGGAAAUAUACUGCUGACUCACCUGGCUGAAAACUGAAAUACUGCCUCGUAUGGGGGUAACUGAUAACUGAAGUACUGCAGACUCAUGUAGAUGCGAACAAAACUUGCAAUCCUUGGAAUAACCACUGAACAGAAUAUGCCUGGGAUAACCUGACUGCAGAUGGCAAUUGACCGAACUGACGUACAUAGAUCACCGCUCCUCCGAAGAUAAGAUAACAGUCACUGAAACAGACGUCAGCAAUUGUUUCUUGGAAAUGCUCCUCGGCAGUAGUUUUUGGAAGAAUGACAAAGGCAUUGACUUGACUUUAAGAGUAUAUAAGAAAUAGUAAAAUACUGUAUCUUUGAGUGGCUGCUCGGGGAGCGCUGAGUAUAUUGUAUACUCUCUGUACUAGUCGCCGCCGCUCCCGUCAUGAUGAAUUGUGUAAAGCUUGCUAUGGUUUACGUUUAA